UCUACCACAGAGUAAGUGGCUGUGCAGCUCUGGGCGGGCCGAAAGACGUGUGACAUAUAUAAACCAGAAGACCCCUUUUGUUUCUGUCUAUUGACCCUGUGUUGCAAUAGCGAGAAACAUGGCGGAGGCAGACCGACCAGGCAAGCUCUUCAUCGGUGGCCUCAACACAGAAACCAGCGAGAAGGUCCUUGAAGCAUAUUUCAGCAAAUUCGGCAGGAUAUCGGAAGUUCUCUUGAUGAAGGACCGCGAGACGAAUAAAUCAAGAGGUUUCGCAUUUGUAACUUACGAGAAUCCUGGUGAUGCAAAAGAUGCUGCAAGAGAAAUGAAUGGCAAGCCUCUUGAUGGAAAGCCCAUUAAAGUAGAGCAGGCCACAAAGCCUCAAUUUGAAUCUUCUGGCCGUCGUGGUCCACCCCCAGUUCACACACGAAGUCGCGGUCCACCCCGAGGCCCGAGAGGAUCCAGAGGGGCACCAAGUGGAAUGCGGGGACCACCAAGCAGAGAACCUUUUUUUAAAGGCAUUUCAUCGAGAGGCCCACCUCCAACAAAGAGAGGCCCACCAGUGAGGAACGGAGGACCCCCACCCAAAAGAUCUGCACCCUCUGGGCCAAUGGAUAGAUCACCUAUGUCAAGGGAUAGAGACCCAUAUGGUCCCCCACCCCGCAGGGAUUCACUGAUGUCUAGAAGGGAUGAUGGUCCUUCACCUCGUGAUGAUCACUACUGUAAUAAAGACAGUUACUCCAGCCGUGACUACAUGAGCUCACGUGACUCUCGGGACUAUGCUCCUCCACGCGACUACCCGUAUCGGGAGUAUCCAGCCCAUUCCACUUCGAGAGAUGAAUAUGGGUCAGGGUCCAGAGGAUACAGUGAUCGAGAUGGCUAUGGUGGUGGCCGAGAACCCAGGGGUUAUAUGGAACGACCCACCACAGGCUCAUAUAGAGACCCUUACGAUGGUUACGGUAACUCGCGCAGCGCCCCACCCUCAAGGGGUCCCCCUCCAUCCUACAGUGGGAGUGGCGGAAGCAGUCGUUAUGACGACUAUGGCAGCAGUUCCCGGGAUGGAUAUGGCAGUCGUGAAAGUUAUCCAAGCAGUCGGAGUGACCCAUACUCCAAUAGUCGUGCUGACCGUCCGGGUAGGCAAGAAAGGGGACCACCCCCUCCUCUUGAGAGAGGCUAUCCUCCUCGAGAAUACAGCAGCUCAAGCCGUGGGGCACCUCGGGGUGGCGGGCGUGGAGGUGGCCGGCCAGAAAGAGGAAUGGCCCGAAACCGAUACUGAGAUGGACUUGAAUGGAGAAAUGGCGUUCUCGUUGAGAUGUUCUAAAGACUUGAGUUUUCAAAAAACGUCCUUUUAAAAUAUGGAUUUCGAACUUCAGUUUCAAGCUGUGUCCAAACAUGUGAAGGUUUUCCCAUCCUUUUAAAUGCAGAGUUUUUUUUUUCCAUUGCCCAUAUUCCAUUUAGUGAUACCGUUGCAAUCUAAGUGAGUGUUCUUUUUUGUACAAUGUUGAUUGUUAAAACUGCAUUGCUCUGAAACAUGGCUUUCAUUUACCAAUAAAGUGUUUUUAAGCAAA